CCGCCUGCCUGCAGCGAGGCUUUUCGUUGUUCCCCGCAGGUCCCCGCAGCUCCGCCGGGCAUGGAUGAAGAGGAGGGCAACGGCACCAGCCUGGAGGCUGUGUUACCAGCAGGUGGAACACGAAUUCUUCAAUUUGUAGAAGACAGAAUACAGACUACUAUGCUGACUGGAAUUGCAAUUGGGGCUGCAGUUGCUUUGCUCCUGAUAGGGGUUGUUGUGAUUGUCAUCUACAGAAGAGUGAAACAGUCUAAACAACUUCAACCACAUGUGCCUCAAUACAGAUUUCGCAAGCGAGACAAAGUGAUGUUCUACGGGCGGAAGAUCAUGAGAAAGGUUACAACCCUUCCGAACUCUCUGGUUGGGAACACUGUGCCUCGCCAAAGGAUGCGGAAACGGGCAAAAGUUUUAAAUCUGGCAAAAAGGAUUCUGCGUAUCAAGAAAGAGUGUCCAACUCUGCAGCCCAAGGAACCACCUCCCUCUCUGCUAGAGGCAGAUCUGACGGAAUUUGAUGUAAAGAAUUCCCAUUUGCCAUCGGAAGUCCUGUACAUGCUUAAAAACGUUAGGGUCCUUGGUCACUUUGAGAAGCCUCUUUUCCUGGAACUGUGCAAGCACAUGUUUUUUGUGCAGUUGCAUGAAGGUGAAUACAUCUUCCGUCCUGGGCAGCUUGAUAACAGCAUCUAUGUUGUACAAGAUGGAAAGCUGGAAGUUUGCAUUCAAGAAAACGAUGGAACCGAAGUGGUUGUUAAGGAGGUGCUGGCAGGAGACAGUGUCCACAGCCUUCUCAGCAUUCUAGAUGUUAUCACGGGUCACCCUGCUCCGUAUAAAACAGUCUCAGCCCGAGCAGCUGUUCCAUCCACUAUAUUGCGACUUCCAGCGAGUGCCUUUCAAGAUGUCUUCCAGAAAUAUCCUGAAACUCUUGUUAGAGUGGUACAGAUCAUCAUGGUAAGGCUGCAGAGAGUGACAUUCCUUGCUUUGCACAACUACCUUGGUCUGACUACUGAGCUCUUCAACUGUCAAAGCCAAGCCAUCCCACUGAUCUCUGUGGCAAGUGUAACGUCUGGAGGAAGUUCAAGCAAAGCAAUAAAAAGACAAGUGUCUAAUGCACCGGAGGAAGAGCGUGGAGAAAAGUUUGAAAAAGCUGGGGAAGCACUGGAAAUAGAUACACUAAAGAUUUCUGGUACAGAAAACUCUGAGCAUGUUUUCAGAAGAAGCUUUUCUUCACCUCCCUAUGCGGGGUCUGCAGAGACUCCUGGUACCUCCAGCAGUGCUAAGUCAGACAUGGACAUGGCGUAUGAAAGAGCCAGAGUGCACUUUGGCUCGGAGGAGGCUGCUAGCAGUCCUGCUGUGGGCAAGUCGAUACUGAAGAAGACUGUGACAGUGACAGAAACUCCUUCAGCAGUUUUCCAUUAUACUGAUCGUGAGCUUGCUGCGCAAGAAUCCUGUAGUAGCAAACCUAUUGAUGCCAUCUUCGAAGCAGCAAAGAAAGACCUUUCAACCUUGAUGAAACUUGAUGAUCCUUCGUUGUUGAAUGGCAAAGUGACCCUGCAUCAGGUUACUGCUGGGACCGUGCUGUCAAGGCAAGGAGAUCAGGAUGUUAAUGUUUGCUUUGUGGUCUCGGGGAUGCUUCAUGUGUACCAACGGAAGAUAGACUCCGAGGAGGACACCUGCCUGUUCAUUACCCAUCCAGGAGAACUUGUGGGACAGCUUGCAGUCCUGACUGGGGAGCCCCUGAUUUUCACCAUCAAGGCUAAUCGGGACUGCAGCUUCCUGUCUAUUUCGAAGUCCCAUUUCUAUGAGAUAAUGCGGGAGCAGCCGAGUGUUGUGCUUGGUGUGGCUCACACUGUUGUAAAGAGAAUGUCCUCAUUCGUGAGGCAAAUUGACUUUGCCCUGGAUUGGAUGGAAGUUGAGGCUGGGCGAGCUGUUUACAGGCAGGGUGACAAGUCAGACUGCACGUACAUUGUGCUGAAUGGUCGACUCCGCUCUGUCAUACGGAUGGAUGAUGGAAAAAAGCACCUGACUGGUGAAUACGGCCGAGGAGACUUAAUUGGAGUGGUAGAGGCAUUAACCCAUCAACCUAGAGCCACAACUGUUCAUGCAGUCAGAGAUUCAGAACUUGCCAAACUCCCAGAGGGAGCACUGACAUCUAUCAAACGCAAAUUCCCCCAGGUUGUGACUAGACUUAUUCACUUGCUGGGUGAGAAGAUUCUUGGCAGUCUUCAGCAGGGAGGUCAUCCUCUUGGGUUACACAGCUCGAGUAGCAAGUGGGAUGCCGGAAAUCCUGCCAACAAUCUCUCUACAGUAGCAAUUAUGCCAGUGUCUGAAGAGGUGCCACUUACUGCUUUUACUCUGGAGCUCAAGCAUGCUCUCAGUGCCGUGGGUCCUGCUUUGCUGCUCACAAGUGAUAACAUCAAACAGCGACUUGGUUCUGCUGCCCUGGAUAGUAUCCAUGAAUAUCGACUAACUAGCUGGCUGGGACAACAGGAGGAUAUUCACCGUAUUGUACUCUACCAGUCAGACAGCACUCUUACUCCAUGGACUCAACGCUGCAUCAGGCAGGCUGACUGCAUCUUAAUAGUAGGACUGGGAGAUCAGGAGCCUACUGUUGGAGAGCUGGAGAGGAUGCUGGAGAACACAGCGGUCCGAGCCCAGAAGCAACUCAUCUUGCUCCAUAAAGAAGAUGGACCCCUGCCUUCCCGAACUGUGGAAUGGCUCAAUAUGAGGAGCUGGUGUUCUGCUCAUCUUCAUCUCCACUGUCCCCGCAGGGUCUUUUCCAAAAGAAGCCUUCCAAAGCUGAUAGAGAUGUAUGAACGUGUAUUCCAGAAACCACCAGACCGCCACUCUGACUUCUCUCGCCUGGCUCGUGUUCUGACUGGAAAUGCAAUCGCCGUGGUCCUUGGGGGCGGAGGAGCCAGGGGAUGCUCCCAAGUGGGAGUUAUCAGAGCGCUGAUUGAAGCUGGCAUCCCUGUAGAUAUGAUUGGAGGAACAUCUAUCGGUGCUUUUAUGAGUGCCUUGUAUGCCGAAGAACGCAGCUACAAUCAGCUUAGGAUCAAAGCUAGGCAGUGGGCAAUGGUUAUGAAUUCGGUGUUUAAGACUAUUUUGGACUUGACGUAUCCAAUAACCUCUAUGUUUUCUGGAGCGGCUUUUAACAAUAGCAUCAACAACAUCUUCAAAGAUAAGCAGAUAGAGGAUCUGUGGAUUCCUUACUUCACCAUUACGACCGACAUCACUGCCUCAACGAUGAGGGUCCACACCGACGGCUCUCUGUGGAGGUACAUCCGUGCCAGCAUGUCUCUCUCUGGGUACAUGCCUCCGCUCUGUGACCCGAAGGAUGGGCAUCUCCUGAUGGAUGGAGGUUAUAUCAACAACCUUCCCGCUGAUGUUGCAAAGUCCAUGGGGGCAAAGGUGGUGAUAGCGAUCGAUGUGGGGAGCCAAGAUGAGACCGACCUCACCAACUACGGCGACUGCUUGUCUGGCUGGUGGCUGCUCUGGAAGAGAUGGAAUCCCCUGGCUGAAAAAGUCAAGGUGCUGAAUAUGGCAGAGAUCCAGACACGGCUUGCAUACGUGUGCUGCGUGCGGCAGCUGGAGAUGGUGAAGAACAGCGAGUACUGCGAGUAUAUACGGCCACCCAUUGACCGAUACGGCACCCUGGAAUUUGGGAAAUUUGAUGAAAUCUGUGAAGUGGGAUAUCAGCAUGGGAAAACUGUCUUUGGUGUCUGGUGCAGGAGUGGAGUCCUUGACAAAAUGCUAAAAGACAGACAAGAGACUUGCAAAUCCAAAACUUCUGAUAAUGUGACCUGUGCCACCACCUCUUUUACGGACCUGGCAGAAAUUGUGUCCAGGAUUGAGCCAGUGAAAGCCCCCGUGGCAGACGAUGAAUCAGACUACCAGACUGAGUACGAGGAAGAAGUUCUGGACAGCCAGAAGGAUGAUUAUGUGAAUUUCAUAAGCAGCCAGGCUGAAGAAGACUCUGACUCGGAUGAAGAUAUGCAGAUAAGAAAGCGCAAGAACCUCCCAGACCUGGACUGCCAGGCAAGAAGCACGGGAGAGCUGGGGUAGCGCUCAGAAGACUGACAGCUACAUCCCGUCCAUACUGCCACUUUUAUUUAUAUGUAUUUAAAAAAAGAAAGCAACUUCUAAUUGACUUUAAGUAAGCUUUCGUCCUUCUCCAGGCAGGGGAUGAGGCUUUCAGCUGCCAGCACUAAGCACAAAUAUCUGCAUCGUGCCCAAGUCCCCGUGCCACUUGGACCUCCAUGAGGGGUGGCUGCCUUGUGCCAUGCUCCUCUGUACGGUGCCAGAAUGAGCGGCUGUUUGUUAAUCACUCUGAGACUGACAAAGUAGAAACGUGGUGGGAACGUGCAGUCAAACGCUGCCUUGAUUUUUGCUGCGGUAUGUUCUAGUUACUGUUUUUACUGUGAAGGCCCAAAGAAUAACUGGACGUCAUCCAGCAAUGUACUGAAGUCUGUUGCUGAGAAGGCUCCGUGCAGCAGCAUUAGAGAGAGGAAGGGAUUUUGUGGAUCGCAGCAUCAUUGCUUUCUUUUCAUAUGAAUCAGGUAACUGUGUAAUCAACUCCUCAGUGACUUUUGAUCAGGUACUUGUGAGCAGUGCUCUGACAGGAGCCAGUCUGAAUGUAUUUAACUUGAAAUCUGAAGCCAAGAAAUCAAUUAACAUGAACACGAGCUAUCUAGCCUGUAUCCUCAAGCCAUCAGCAGAACAUUUACUGACAAAUCAUAGUGCUGACAUUUGCCAGUGAACUCUGGAGCCACUACUUGGCUGUAUUUGCCCUGAAAAAAAUAAAGGUAUUCUACUGGAUUGAAA